AUGGGACUCCUCAGCAUCAUCAGAAAACAAAAGUCCAAAGAUAGGGAGCUACGUGUGCUUGUGUUGGGACUCGAUAACGCCGGCAAGACCACCAUCGUCAAACAAUGGCUCCAUGAAGACAUCACAGAAGUGUCUCCCACCAUGGGCUUCAACAUCAGUACCAUCACUCACGGUGGUUACACGUUAAACAUCUGGGACGUGGGCGGGCAGUCCAGUCUCCGGCCGUUCUGGGGAAACUAUUUUGAAAAGACAAACAUCAUUAUAUGGGUGGUGGACUGUUUGGCAGUGGAACGCAUCAAGGAGUCUUUUGAAGAACUCGAGCACAAAAUUCUCACCCAAAACAAAGUGGGCUCAGAUGUGGCAUUGCUCAUACUCAUGAAUAAAGUGGACUUGGUACCGGACCCGGCAGCGCUCAGGACAAAUUUGCUUGCGCAGCUCGACCUCCAACGCCGCGUUCCGCCAUCCACCGCGUGGGGCGUGCAAAUGGUUAGUGGGAAGACAGGCGAUGGGAUUCUAAACGCCCUUGGGUGGUGCGUGAGCGAGAAGGGGGCGACUAGGUAA